CACAUCUCCCGCUGGCGGCUGCGCCAGGUCUUCUACAAUGGCCAGUACUUUGCCAGCAUGGGGGAUCUGGAGGAUGCAUUUGUGGCCAACUUGCUGGAGGUUGUCAGGAUCAAGAAGCCCCAGGCUGAAGAGGUGCUGGGCUCAAUGAGACCCCGGCACCCACCUGGCUCCCCGGGGCCACUGCAGUAUGAGCCCCAGGGUCCCCGCUACAGUGUCAGGGGCAACCGCGUCACCUCCCAGGGCUGGAGCAUCGUCUUCGGCAUGAACCCCAACUCCGGCCCACGACUUUUUGACAUCAGGUACCGUGGGGAGAGGAUUGUCUAUGAGCUGAGUCUCCAGGAAGCCUUAGCUCUG